CUCAUUUUCUCGCUGUGCGCCCCUUGCGCCCAACCAACGCCCCAUGCAUCCCCGGUUCUAUCGAUAAACUAGCGUAGAGGGCAAUGCAACGCCCGAAGCCUUCGCCUCUGCAGUCGAGGCUGCUUGCAUAUUCCUUUGCUGCAGUCUCUUGUCUCGCACUAUGGGAUUCUUUUGCGCCACGGGCUUUUGCCCACGCCCAAGUCCUUACUCCUCCCGACACCAAUCACCCCGACGCUCCCAUAUUGCAUGCGCUCGCAGGCGAUGACUUGCCACAUAUUGAGGAUGCCGUUUACGGUCGCGGAGAGGGCUCAGGCUAUGAGCCUGAGUUUGGCUACCUCGAUCGCAGCUUGAUCGGACGACAAGCGCAAGACAUGAAUACAUUGGUCAACAACCAGAAGAUGGAAAGGGAUAUCGAUCCCGAGAAGACGCUUUACUUUGUGUUGGAGAAGAGCCAGCUGCGCUUGAGACGGGCAAUUGAAGUUUCCCAAGAUGCUCUGGAAGCACGAGGAACAGACAACACGUCUCAUGAAGCCAGGCAUGGAGGACUGGCUGUGGCAGACGUAGGGGACGGCACAGCUGGAGAAGGGCCGGAAGAGCUGGAAAAGCGUCAGACUGGCAGCACUCAUGUGUGGAUAACGGCCAACACUUGCCAACAACCCAUGCCCAAUGGCAACGCGACAGAAGCAUCCAAAAGCCACCCCCAACUCGUCAUGUAUGUGUCGACUUCGCCUAACAACAAGAACCCCGGACCUGAUUCCACGGACAAUCUCAUGACGAAUCUCACGACUGGCCUAUUCAAUGGCGGAUACGCCAGUCUUGACUUCAACACUAGUUCGGAUGUCUACAUUGGCAUUUCGGCACCAAAGCUCAAUGCGGACUGGUUCGGAAGUUGGCACUUUGAGCUCGCUGUUAGUACUGAUGGUCCCUACCACAAUUACAACGAGUCAGACCCGUUUCUGUAUAUGAUUGACACGGACAGCGAGUCUGCAUUGUUCAUCACGUAUGAUCUUGGCGACUCCAACUCGACCGAAGCCGUCGAUAAGUGGAAAGAGCAGAAUCCUUUCAAGAUGUAUGCUUUUGAAGCGGGUGAAUACACGCCGAUUACGGGCAUGGAGCGCUCGUACUGUGCGAUCAGGGACCAGUUCAACGUGAACACAACCAAGAACUUUACCAUUGAUAGUAGGAUCACGACGAAAUUCGGAAAGGACAUGGGAGAUGACUAUCCCAAGGCGCAGUUUCACGUCAGGAACUUGCAAGCGGCAACGACGUACAACGGUUUCGUCGUCAUUGACGGAAGUCAAGACCCUACCUAUAUCGCUGGAGCUGGCAUGAUAAGGGGUGGCGGGAGAGUGUUUCAGGCGUUCAACUGGACCACCAAAGCUGAUGAUAACUGUCAAGUCAUUUCCGACCUUGAUUUCUGCGACUCGGUCGCCUACGCUGUACCCUCGAAUCGCAGCUUCAAGUUCAACGACACUGCUCUUGCAGAAAUCUAUGAUAACCAAGCUCGCGCCUACUACGCCAAUUUCACCAAGUCACUAGCACAAGUUGCUUGCGACGCUCGGCCUGAAUCGCAGUAUUCGCUUGCGCGGACGUGCGAAGACUGCGCUAGAGACUACAAAAACUGGCUUUGUAUGGUUUUGAUACCCCGCUGCGAGGACUGGUCAGCAAGCGACUCGUUCCUUCAGCCCCGCAACAUCGACUCUCCAUUUCCAAAUGGCUCGCUGCCUCUCCAAACCGAUGCGUCACUGCAAUUCAAUCAGACUUAUCGCAAGAACACUGGUUUCACACAAUCCCGCAACCCGCUCAUCGACCAGGCGAUCCAGCCGGGUCCUUACAAGGAGAUGAAACCUUGCGACGACUUGUGCUUCGACAUUGUGCGUAGUUGCCCGCCGCAGCUAGCCUUUGGAUGUCCGACUGGAGAGCAGAGGAACGUCAUGUAUGGGCAGCGAGACGAGGAUCCUAAUCGAUUGACGUGUAACUUUCCAGGUGCGGUGGUGAAACUCAAUGCAAAGGCCGGUGCGGGAAUACUAGACGUGAGACUGGGCAGCAUGCUGGUGGUAGUUGGCUUGGUUGCUGCGGUGCUUUGGUACUGACAUGUGACGCAUUGUCGAAAAGUCGUAGUCUGAUGGAGCCAGAUGGGGUGGCCAUGGUUGAGAUGGGUUGGUGUUGUCACUAAUAUGCAACAUGGCGUUGUAUGGCAUUAGAGUGAG